AUGACCAAUCCAAGUUAUCAAGGAGAUGGUGUUCGCUAUACUCCGUCCUCUGUUCAAAAAUUGCAAGGCGAAGUUAACGAGGUAACAGGUAUUAUGAAGGAUAAUAUUCGAUUAGAAUUAGACCGUGCAGGAAAACUUGAUGAUCUUGAACAAAAAUCAGACAUGCUGAAUGAAGGUUCACGACAAUUUGCUAUUCAUGCACAAAAACUUAAAAAGAAAUAUUGGUGGAAAAAUUGUCGAAUGUGGGUUAUUCUUAUUGGCAUAAUUGUUAUUAUCAUCGUAAUUAUUGUCGUUGCUGUUGUUAUAAAAUCAAAAAAAAAAUGA